GCGUCCCGUCAUGCUCCAGGGGCACGAGCGUGCCAUCACCGAGGUUAAGUAUAACCGGGAAGGAGAUCUAAUUUUCUCAGCUUCGAAAGAUAAAAAGCCAAAUGUCUGGUGGUCUGCUAAUGGCGAGCGUCUGGGUACCUUUAAUGGUCACAAUGGCUCUAUAUGGUGUAUGGACGUCGACUGGAAUACCAAAUUUUUUAUGUCUGGAUCUGGAGACAAUACAUUGAGAUUGUGGGACUGUCAAACAGGCAAAGAAAUUUCUCAAAUCCAAACCAACAGCUCCGUAAGAACGUGCGCGUUUAGUUUCUCAGCAAACAUGGCUGUUUAUUCGACGGACAAAGCUUUGGGUCACCAGUGUGAAAUGUUCAUCAUCGACACGAGGAAUGUUGACUCAAUGUUGGCAGAAGGGCCUGCAAUAAUCAGAAUCCCGAUUAAUGGACCGAGAAUUUCAUCAAUUCUCUGGGGUGCUCUUGAUGAGACUAUCAUUACUGGUCACGAAGAUGACUGGAAAGAAGCUCAACUCUCAAAAAGGCCACAAGUCUUUGAUCAACGACAUGCAGUUCAACAAAGACGGUACUAUGUUCAUCACAGCGUCCAAGGACCACACUGCUAAAUUGUUCGACAGUGAGUCCUUGAUGCACUUGAAAACCUAUCAAACGGAGAGACCGGUAAACUCUGCGACAAUUUCCCCGAUUUACGACCACGUAAUUCUCGGGGGUGGUCAAGAUGCGAUGGAUGUAACAACAACUUCGGCGCGUCAAGGAAAGUUCGACGCUCGGUUUUACCACCUGGUCUUUGAAGAAGAGUUUGCGAGAUUGAAGGGUCACUUCGGGCCUAUUAAUUCGCUCGCUUUCCAUCCAGACGGCCGUAGCUUUUGCAGUGGAGGAGAAGACGGUUUUAUCCGGAUAAAUCCUUUUGAUAAAUCGUACUUUGAUUUUAAUUUUGAAUACUAA